AUGCCCCCAGGCUUCAUAAGCAUUGACUGCGGGUAUCAGGGGCGGCCGUACCCCUCCCCUCUCAACUUCACCUGGCAGCCCGAUCCCCCCACUGUCUCCGGCACGCCUGCUGUCAUCACCCGCAUCUCGCCAGACGCGGGAAACGGGCGGCCGUACCCCUCUCCCCUCAACUUCACCUGGCAGCCCGAUCCCCCCACCGUCCCCGGCACGCCUGCUGUCAUCACGGGGAUCUCUCCAGAAGCAGGAGACGUGAGGCUGACCACGGAGCUGUCCCUGAGGGCGCCGUUAUCUGGCCGUUACCUGGUGCGCCUGGCCUUCUGGUACAAGAACUACGAUGGCAAGAAUUCACCGCCUGUGUUCAACGUUACCAUAGGGCCCGGAUCAGCAGGACAGGUGGACCUGCGUUCUAUAGGCGACACCCUCUACACGAUUGAAGCCAUCGCCACAGUGAGGGACGCGACCAUGCCCAUCUGCCUGCAGCGGGUGGGGGACGCCCCCCCCAUCAUCAACGCCAUCGAGAUCCGCCCGCUGCCGCCGCUCUCCUACAGCUACCAGCAGCUCAAGGCCGAUGUACUGCUGGUGUGGUGGCGCUUUGCUUGUGGCGACAGCCCUGUCCGAGACCAGACUUUCAGAUACCCCUCGGACCCUGCUGACCGCAUAUGGCAGAUCGACGGCAGCACUCAGUUAGACCACUGGGACCUCCAGCCAUCCAACCUCACACAGCUGGUUACCACCAACGCCACCGUAACCAUCCCUCCGCCCUCACCCCCCAACACCGCCACGGGCACCCCCAUUCCCUCCUCUUCUUCCGUUCUCAACGCUGUGCCGCAGCGGGUGCUGCAGUCUGCUCGUACGGUGCUAGCGCCACCAGCGCUGGCGAAUAGAGGAGCAGGCCAGGCCGCCAUCCCCUUCACAGUCACACCCGAAAACCGGCUAAACAUCAGACUUAGGGUAAAAACCACCGCUAAGAGCCGGAUUCGCCCCGUGACACUUAGCGGGUUGGAAAUAGUCCAGUUGUUUGAGGAGGCACCGGCGGUGGGAGGGGGAGAUGUGGCGGCGCUAGCGUGUGUGAAGACACAGUUUGGGGAACCUGCUGCUAUGGAGGAGUGGGUGGGGGACCCGUGCUACCCUGUGACGUGGCCGGGCGUGCAGUGCAGCUUCAGUGCCAAUGCCACUGCUGUCAUUGGCCUGGACCUGAGUCACUCUGGUCUCUCCGGCUCCAUCCCUGCCUGCAUUUCCAACCUCUCCUCGCUCUCCGCUCUCACGCUCAAUGACAACAGCCUCACAGGCGACAUCCCCUCAUGGCUUGGUUCCCUCUCGAACCUCCACUCCCUCAAGCUGGGAGCCAACCAGCUGGUUGGCAGUGUGCCGAUGUCGCUCUUACAGCUGCCCGAAUUCCUGCACCUCGAUCUCAGCAACAACAACCUCACAGGGCCGUUUCCUUUCAACGCUACUGUCAGCAUCGAUAUCAACAUCGAGGGCAACAACUACCUCUGCCACCCAGACAGGGCCUUCAGCCUUCCUGCCUGCUCGGGCAAUGGCCUUCCAAUCACCUCCCUCUCUCCCUCCUCCCCCUACUCCUCCUCCUCCUCCCCCCCUCCUUCCUCCGACUCCUCCUCCGACCCUGCCAUGAGUACUGUGGCGCUGGUUUUCCUCGUUUUGGGCAUAAUCCUGGGCAUCUGUAUAGUCGCAGCGGCGACGUUUGUCCUGUGGCGCUGGCAGAAAAUGCAGCGGGCCCGGCGGGCAGCAGAGGCGUAUACUGGGGGGGAUCAGUCUUUAUCUGCAGAAACACCUGCAGGAAUGCCAGUAGCAGGUGCAGCAUUAGCAGCUGCACCAGCAGCACCGGCAGCAGCAGCUGCAGCAGCGGCAGCAGCAGCAGCAGCACCUGCAGCAGCAGCUGUCGACUCGAUGAUCCUCUUUGUCUCUCCAGGCUCCCACGUGCGGCGCUUCUCCCUCGCAGACCUCGCAGCAGCAACCGCCAACUUCCACCCCUCCCACAUUAUUGGCUCGGGCGGGUUCGGACCCGUGUUCAAAGGUAUUCUCCCUGAUGGGAGAAUGGUGGCGGCUAAGAAGCGCGACGAGGACUCGUUACAAGGCGAGAAGGAGUUUUAUAACGAGGUGGACCUGCUGUCGCGCGCCCGCCACCCAAAUCUCGUGGAUUUGAUUGGAUUCUGCCGGGAGAGCGGGCAGCAGGUGCUGGUGUACGAGUUCAUGCCGCAUGGGACCGUGCGGGAUCAUUUAUAUGACUCCAUUGGGAAUCCGUUGGGGCACCUGCGCUGGCUGCAACGGCUUCAUAUUGCUCUCAACGCUGCCAGAGGAAUCGAGUACCUGCACACAGGCAUGACCCCCCCCAUCAUCCACCGGGACAUCAAGACCAGCAACAUUCUUCUUGAUGCCAACCUGAGAGCCCACGUGGCUGACUUUGGACUGUCCAGGGAGGGCUCUGUGAGCCGCACGCAUGUGUCAACAAAUGUCAAGGGCACAGCAGGCUACCUGGACCCCGAGUACUACACGGUGCAGCAGCUGACCGACCGCAGUGACGUGUUCAGCUUUGGAGUCGUGCUGCUGGAGUUGAUUUCCGGUCGCCAGCCGAUCGACCUGAACCGGCCAAGAGACGACUGGAGCAUUAUUGACUGGGUGCGGUCGCGGCUGCAGCAAGGGCAAAUAGAAGCUAUUAUAGACCCGACCCUCUCCCCCUCCGAAUUCGACAUUGAGGUCAUGUGGCGCGUGGCAGAGGUGGGCGUGGUGUGCGUCGAGCCGAAAAGCUUCAACCGCCCGAGCAUUUCAGACGUUUGCUUCGAGUUAAACCACGCCAUCCAGCUUGAGGCGGCGGCUGGCCACCCGCCGCCCGGUUUGGGCCACUCGAAUAUCACGUUUGCGAGCAGCGGGGAGGGGAGCAGCAGCAGCGGAUUGGGGGGAAGUCAGGGGUUGAUGAGUGCAGGGGAUGGGAGCAGCAGCGGGACCGGGAGUGGGAGUGGGGGGGUGGGAGGAGGGAAUGGGAGCAGUAAUGCGGCCAUACCUGUGUCAUAUCAACCUGGGGCGAUGGAAGGAGGAGGGGUGGGUUCUGCUGCUGCUGCUAUUGUUGUCAUUCCUGGCACGGAUGCAAGCGCAAAUGCCCCCAGCCUUCCUCCACCUGCCUUCACCACAGCAGCAGCACCAGCAGGGUCACGGUCUUACACUCGGUUCAGUGUAUUCUCUCUGACUGCUUGUGAGUAUGUUGAGGUGUUUCAACAGCAAGCCAUGGCCUGUAGUGGAGUGGACUGCUGUUGA